AUGGCCGUUGUUGGGCUCGAUUUAGGAAAUUAUUCUUCUUAUAUCGGCGUUGCUCGUGCUGGCGGCAUUGAAAUCAUUGCAAAUGAAUAUUCUGAUCGUCUGACACCAACUUCUAUCACAUUUGCACAACGUACACGUGCCAUUGGCCAAGCAUCAAAAGCACAAGAAGUCACACAUGCCAAGAACACAAUAUGUAAUUUUAAACGUUUACUAGGACGAAAGUAUCACGAUUCUUUUGUAAAAAAUGAAAAAUACUUAAAUGCUUACUCUAUUGUCGAAGGAAGUAAUGGCUCUGUUUAUAUCGAGGUUGAUUAUCUAAACGAACGCAAACGUUUUACACCAGAACAAAUUACAGGCAUUAUGUUUACCAAAUUGAAACAAAUAUCCGAAUCAGCACUAUCUACGAAAGUUGUUGAUUGUGUUGUUGGCGUGCCGUGUUAUUUCACUGAUGCUGAACGACGUGCUAUGCUUGAAGCCAUACAAAUUGCCGGUUGGAAUUGCUUGAGAUUGCUUAACGAAACAACAGCUGUUGCGUUAUGUUAUGGUAUUUACAAAGCCGAUUUACCCGAACAAACUGAGAAACCAAGAUUAGUUGCAUUUGUUGAUAUGGGCUAUUCUGCUCUACAAACAUCGAUUGUUGCAUUUAACAAAGGAAAACUAAGGAUGUUAGCAACGGCAUUUGAUCCAUCGCUGGGUGGCCGUGAUUUUGAUCGUGUUAUCAUGGAUCAUAUGCGUGAAGAUUUUAAACGUUAUAAAGUUGAUUCAUACAGUACAACAAAAGCCAAACUACGUUUAAGAGCCGAAUGCGAAAAGGCAAAAAAAUUAAUGGGUGCAAAUCUACAACCGAUACCAAUUGCUUUAGAAUGCUUUAUCGACGAUAAAGAUGUGAAUGGAAAAAUUCAACGAAGUGAAUUUGAAGAAUUAUCAAAAUCAUUAUUCGAUCGUCUAAGAAAUGUACUGGAAAGUCUUUUGAAAGAAGCCAAAGUUACUGCUGAAGAUAUUGAAUCGGUAGAAAUUGUUGGCGGAUCAACACGCAUACCAGCCGUAAAACAAAUUGUUAGUGAUAUAUUCAAAAAAAUUCCAAUGACAACAAUGAAUGCUGAUGAAAGCGUUGCACGUGGUUGUACAUUAAUGUGUGCGAUGUUAAGUCCAACAUUCAAAGUAAAAGAAUUUAAAAUUGAAGAUUGUCAACCGUAUCCGAUUACGUUAUCAUGGCAUGGUGCAAUCAAUGAAGACAAUGAAGUUGAAGUAUUUAGUCGAUGGAAUAGCCUACCAUCAACAAAAAUGUUAUCAUUUUAUAAACGUGAACCAUUGACAAUCGACGUACGUUACUCAUAUCCGAAUGACAUUCCAUAUUCUGAAUCAAAAAUUGGGCAAUACUGUAUUGAAAAUAUUAAACCACAACCGGAUGGAACUCCAUCGAAAAUCAAAGUCAAAGUUCGUUUGAAUCGAAAUGGAAUAUUUGAUAUUACUCAAGCAUCUAUAGUAGACGCAACUGAAGGAGAGGAAGUAGCAAUGGAAACAGAUAAAGAUGCUAAAGACGGCAAAGCAUUCCAAACACAUGCAGCGACGCAACAAAAGCCAACGUAUCAUUCACGGGUACAUGAAAUAAAUGGCGGUGAUCAAACAGCACCAAAUGAACGCAUGGAUGAGGCAAGUUUAUGA